AUGGUGGCUCGGCCAGUGUCGCAAAUGCUUCGCUCUCGGUGCCUGCUCCGCAGGCCCCAGAAUGUCCAGGCCUUCUCGACCCGGAGCAACCUGCGCGCUGCGGACCACGGUGACCACUACGACCCGCCAACCGGCUGGCUGUUCGGAGUCAAGCCCGGCCAGAAGUACGAGAAGGAGGGCUGGGAGGGCGUCUGGUACUGGGGAUUUAUUGGCAGCCUGGUUGUUGCUGGCGUCGCAUACGUGUUCAAGCCGGACACCUCGAUACAAACGUGGGCUCUGGAAGAAGCUCGCCGGCGGCUGGAGGCCGAGGGCAUUCUGGAGGAUCCGACCAAGGUCCAGAAAUAA